GCAGGAUUAAACUGUGUUAUUUUAUUCGCUACGGCGUCCGUUUCAAUCCCUGAAACUCCAAAAAAUGGCCGAUCCGCAGUCUUCUGCCAUGGAAGUAGAUCAAGAAGUCGACGUUUCAUCCUCAUCUGCCUUGAAAGCUGACAAGAAACGGUUUGAAGUGAAAAAAUGGAACGCCGUGGCACUGUGGGCUUGGGAUAUCGUUGUGGACAACUGCGCAAUUUGCCGAAAUCACAUUAUGGACUUGUGCAUCGAGUGUCAAGCCAAUCAAGCAUCUGCAACUAGCGACGAAUGCACUGUCGCGUGGGGCGUUUGCAACCACGCGUUCCACUUCCACUGCAUUUCUCGUUGGCUUAAAACCCGUCAAGUGUGCCCUCUGGAUAAUCGUGAUUGGGAGUUUCAGAAUGAUUCGAUUUGUGACGCGAUGGACGCGAGUGCAUAUUACCAGUACAGCCAAAUUGGGAAGCAAGUGACACCGGAGGUGAAUGUUCGCCCGUGUCCGCCUCCUCCGCCGCCGCCGGGGACCGAGGCUCAUGGCCUUUACCAACAACACGCUCCGCUAGGAACCGUUUCCUAUCCUGGUGUGAGUCUGAGCAGCGACUAUGGCUAUGGGUCAUCCGCGGACACGCCGACAGGGUUCCAUCCGCCAGCAUUCUUUUCGCAUUACCCUAGCGCUUAUCAGACGCCUGAACUAUCUGCCGGAGAAGGUGCCGUGGCGGGAAACCCGUGGAACAAGGCUGCAAGAGGCGGGCCCAGGAACCACACGAACAGGAAAGUACACGGAGGGAUGGCCAGCGGGAUUCUCAAGGGAUUCGUGCCUGCUUCCAACGGCGACUCGUCGACGGCUUCGUCGGGUGGGUCACGGGAAUUUUCAGGUCAUCGUGGCCCUCACAAGCACGGACUCGGAUAUGGGGGUCCUCGUCAAGAGCAGAUUCUCUACUGCGAAAUUUGCAAGAUCAGUUGCGCAGGGCAGCAAACUUAUAAUGAGCAUUUGGAAGGGCAAAAGCACAAGAAGAAGGAAUUGGCGUCGAAAGCAGGAGCUGCCAGCAGUGUCCCGAAAGGUGGCACUGCGUUGCAUUGCGAACUCUGUGACGUUGCUUGCACUGGCUCUGAUGCCUAUGCAGCUCACAUCAGAGGCUCGAAGCAUCAAAGGGUGGUGAAAUUGCAUCAGAAACUGGGCAAACCAAUCCCUUCCACUGAGCCCGUGGUCAUCUCCAACGCUCCCACAGCGAACGGAACGUCGGCGAAGAAGGGCAAAAAACCAGCGGGAUUUGUCGGUAAUGAAAAGACGCAGUCUGCGCCGAUGAUUGGUCCCGUCGCUCCUCCGCAUCUUGCUGGCAAAGUUGUAACUGUGCCUGUCGGGGGCGAGGACUCUUCUGGAGGUUCCGAAACAAUAAUCAUACCCAAGUUGCCCGACGAGAAGGAUGUGCAGCCUGUCGGGGCGAAGAAGGUGGUGUCGUUCAACUGCAAGUUGUGUGACUGCAAGUUCAGUGAUCCGAACGCCAAGGAAAUGCACUUGAAGGGUAGGCGACACCGAUUGCAGUACAAGAAGAAAGUGGAUCCGUCGUUGGAGGUACUGGACAAGGGCAACCCGAGGCACAGUAGGACGCAGCAGAUGCGACCCCUAAUGCCGCCGAUGCGUCGCCCGCCUCUUCUCGGCUCGUGUCCUUCAGACCUACCAUUUCCCAUGAACACGAGAAUGAUGGACGAAGGUGAAUGGAGGAUGUGGGAUGAUCCCGGUUGGGGAUACGGCACGAGAUUUGGGCGUCCGGGCCCUGGGGGAAUGCCGCCUCCUUCGCUCAUGAGCAUGCCCGCUAAUUACAUGAUGGGGAAUCCGAAUCAGCAAUUUUCCCCCAUGCCGUACCAGCAGUAUCAACAAUCUGGGCCACAAGAAACUAUCAUGGAUCGGUAUGUCUCUGCCAGGCACAGACAGAUUUAUCCGGCCGAAUCGGAGCUUGGUAACGUUCAAAAAAUGGUCGCUAUGGUUGAAAAAGGCCUGAAAGGUGCCUCUGACGCACUAGAAGGAUUGGAUUCAGCUGCCGGUAGUGUGAGGAAAGAUCCGAAAGUGGAGGAUAAGCGGAUGGUGAAAGGGGUGAUGCCAGUGGGUGCUCUGGCCAAGGGUCUAGUGAUCCGAGGGGAGCAGCUAGUUCAACUGGUGGUGCUUUGUAUGCAGAAGCCCACCCAGUCAUUGCUGAAGCAAGUGGUAGAGUUGCUGCCGGCACAGAUUCCGAAUGGGAGCGACAUCUACUCAUACAAAGUUGUCCCUGAGGACGCAUCCAUAUUCAUUAACAGUGUCAAGGAGCCGCACGUGUCUGUUCAAGUCAUAUUCACAUCCUUGUUGGUGCGAGCUGAGAACGUGCCCGAAGAACAAAAGAAAGUCGAAGAUCCGCUCGACUUGCUGAGUCAAGACAAGUGUCUGGAGGGACUUGCUUUCCUAAGGCAUUCGAAGUGGUACCAGGCCAAAGCGCAUGGUUUGCAGUCGUGCACAAUGGUCAUCAGGAUAAUGAGAGACUUUUGUCGACGCGAGUCCAGCUGGCACUGCAUGCGUCCCUGGCACUUGGAGUUGCUCGUUCACAAAGUCGUAGAAAGCGCGAAAACGCCACUGAGUCCUGGCGACGCUUUCAAGAGAGUUUUUGAAGCUGUGUCUGCGGGGAUCCUGCUACCGGGAAAUCGCCUGACGGAUCCGUGUGAGAAGAACUCAGUGGAUGCUGGCGCGUAUCUUAGUGACCAGCAGAGGCAUGAUCUCACCUUUACUGCUCAGACUUGUCUGAGGCAGAUAACUUUUCGGAUGGCACAUCAGGUCCUGGGCAUGAACGACAAAGACGCUUCUUCGCGGCGCCCGACUGACACUCAGUUGGGAAAGAGGAGACUCGAUGCCAGUGCUGCAGCAGGGUGCAACUGGAGCCUUAUGAAACGUGAAAAGAAGGCCAUUUCCACUUGUGAAAUGAGAAAACAAAAAUACAGUAAUAAUGUGAUUGACGGGUUAAGAGACGACGCGAGGAGCCCAGUUAAAGUGAAGGAACCGGAAGAUUCGAGCGAGAAAAUUGGCGCGGAUGACAAGAAGACGAAGGUGGAUCCGGUGGAUUGAGAUCAUUUUGAAGAGACUAUGAAUUUUAGGACAGAUAUGCUUUUUCGUUUUGUUGCACCGUGAAGACAGAUUUGACCUGUUUCCAUAUUGUUUAUUCGGAGAGGGCAACUCGUGCGAGAGACUUGCUUCGAUGGUGAAGAACUUCCUGGAGUGUUAGAGCAACGUUGGGAAGAGUCUUGCUUUUUUUUUUUUCUUUCUCCUCUUUCCUUCCGUUGUUUAUCUGUUCAAGUUUACACGAAACUUUGGUGUGUUGAAAUUUUUUGUUUUCUUUUGGUGACAAAAAGUUUCUUCGGUAUUCGCUGUUGAGAGAUUUUUUUCCGUUGCAGUGCCUACUGCUUAAACUUGGUGGAGAAAUGAACUUGAGUUCAAUUUUUUUUUUCA